GGGUCUGAGGGAGGAGGACGUUGGGGUCCGAACUCUUGUGUCAGAGGGAAAAGGGGCUGGGGGCCUGGACUCCUGUGUCAGAAGGAAGAGGAUUUUGGGGGCCUGGACACUCAUCGGGGUCUGAGGAUGGAGAGUGUCCUCAGUGAGGCUUGAGCAGACCGGACGAGACAGAAGCCCCAGGGGCCUUCAAGGUCACUCCGGACACCCCCUCACUGACCCUCCAAGAGCCCCUUGUCCCCUGCUUUGCCUUCCGCAACCCCUGGCCUGAGACUCAGCAUGGCGGACCGGAGCGGCGAUGCGGCCGGGGACCCGCGCCCCGCGCCACCCCUUGUACGACGCCGCUCCUCAGCCAACUACCGCGCCUACGCCACGGAGCCGCACGCCAAGAAAAAGUCUAAGAUCUCCGCCUCGAGAAAACUGCAGCUGAAGACCCUGAUGCUGCAGAUUGCGAAACAGGAGCUGGAGCGGGAAGCAGAGGAGCGGCGAGGAGAGAAGGGGCGUGCUCUGAGCACGCGGUGCCAGCCUCUGGAGCUGGCCGGGCUGGGCUUCGCGGAUCUGCAGGACUUGUGCCGACAGCUCCACGCCCGCGUGGACAAGGUGGAUGAGGAGAGAUACGACGUGGAGGCGAAAGUCACUAAGAACAUCACAGAGAUCGCAGAUCUGACCCAGAAGAUCUUUGACCUUCGGGGCAAGUUUAAGCGGCCCACUCUGCGUAGAGUGCGGAUCUCUGCGGAUGCCAUGAUGCAGGCACUGCUGGGGACCAGGGCUAAGGAGUCCUUAGACCUGCGGGCCCACCUCAAGCAGGUGAAAAAGGAGGACACGGAGAAGGAAAACCGGGAGGUAGGAGACUGGCGCAAGAACAUCGACGCCCUGAGUGGAAUGGAAGGCCGCAAGAAGAAGUUCGAGGGCUGAGCCGGCCUGUGCGCAGCCCUGGCCCCGGCCCUGAGGACGGCCCCGAGGAAUAAAGCUUCUCUCUGA